AUGACUGACGCCAAAACGGAAGCCGCACAUGUCGGUGCAGGCAGCAGCAGCCGCCCUUCCGCUGGCCCCGACGACGCACAACACCCGCAAUCUCCCGCUCGUGAUGCCGCCGAUAACACCGGUCAUGCGGCCGGUGCCUCAACUCCCGCUGUGCGAUUUUCCUCGGCCGUCCAGGAAUUCUCCCCCGUGCAGGUCAACUCCUCGGCUGCUGAACCCGACGCCCCCGCCUCCGCCGAGUCGCAAGAGGUCACGCCCGAGCAGCUCAGGGCCUUUACCAAGUCGCUUCACGGGCCGCUUCUGCAGGAGCGCCGCUUGAAUACAUAUCAUUUUGAAGCAUUUUCCCUCCCGGCGUCACGGGUUCCUUCUCGCGAGGAAGACUCGCCCGACGCAACACGCAUCCAUACGCCCAACUCGAUUUAUCAAUCUCCCCAUGGCAGCCCCCGUAUCUCAGCGCUGGCCUCGCCACCUCUCACGCCCUCGGACUCAGCGGGCGACCGACGGGCCAGAGACAAGCGCCCCGUCGGCGCAACUGGCAGCGACUCGCACAUGAUUACGCCGCUGCCGUCCACGUCCCAGGAAAACAUCAAUCAGGAUCGAGGGCCCCUGGUACAUCGCCCAAUCUCCGACCAUACCGGCCUGCGUCGCUCCUCGUCCGUCGAGGAGCAUCUCGGUGAUACCCGCAGCCACCGCAAGGGCAUGUUCAGCGUCGGAGGCGGCUCCGUUCCCGUGUCUCGCGAGUCCAGUCCCUCGCGCACCUCGGCCUCGCAUUUCUAUUCAAAGCCCGCCACCCCAGUCGGUGACCUUAACGAUCCCUACGCCAAGAACCGACGACCCCCGCUGCAAUCUCAUCCUAGCCGCGCCUCCAUUGACCCGCGAUUUGUCUUUUCAAAGAAAAAGAAGCAUGGCUCUCCGGGUGGCUCUCGCUCCAGCUUGGCUGGCUCUGGCGCUUUUGCCGCCACCAAAGACGACUCGAGCGACGGCGGCUCGGGCCACGGCCACCAUGCUCACGGAUCCAUGGCCGACUUGAAGCGCUUCUUUCGCAAAUCGGGACAUCACAAGAAGCGCGAGUCAUCGCCUGCCGCGUCCAAGACCAAAACCCAGACACCCCCCAGCAGCUCACGCAGCUCACAGCUAAUCCCUUUUGCCGAUGACCACGGACUCAGCUCGAAAUACGGAAAGCUGGGUAAGGUGCUUGGCGCAGGCGCGGGUGGCUCUGUUCGUCUCAUGCGCCGCAAGGAGGAUGGCACUGUCUUUGCCGUCAAGGAGUUUCGAGCCCGCCACACCUACGAGUCUGAAAGAGAAUACGCCAAAAAGGUGACGGCCGAAUUUUGUGUCGGUUCCACGCUCCACCACGGUAACAUUAUCGAGACGCUCGAUAUUCUUCAAGAAAAAGGUCGCUGGUUCGAAGUCAUGGAGUACGGUCCGUACGACCUGUUUGCUAUUGUUAUGACUGGCAGAAUGUCGCGAGAAGAAGUUAGUUGCUGCUUCUUGCAGAUUCUCAACGGAGUGACAUAUUUGCACAGCCUCGGACUGGCCCAUCGCGAUCUCAAGCUCGACAAUGUCGUGGUCAGCGAAAAAGGCAUCAUGAAGAUUAUCGACUUUGGCAGUGCUCAUGUGUUCAAGUAUCCGUUUGAGUCGGAAUUGGUCCUAGCCAAGGGCAUUGUUGGAUCCGACCCGUAUUUAGCCCCCGAAGUAUACGAUCAAAAGGAUUAUGACGCGGCUGCGGUGGACAUUUGGUCGCUGGCGAUCAUUUACUGCUGCAUGAGCUUACGUCGUUUUCCUUGGAAGCUGCCGCGCAUGACGGAUAACUCCUUCAAACUUUUUGCCUCUGAGCCAACGCCCGGCCACGAUCCGAGGAGACUGAUUGUUCCCUCAUCCUCUGCCAACACCUCGUCGGUCAACCUCUCUGCCCUGUCCACUGCCGAAGUUGAGCAGCGCCACAAGAGUCAGCAUGAGAAGAAGGAGAAUGGCACAACCAACUCGAGCGCCACGACGGGAGACUCGAAAACGCCCGAACUCAAGCACGAAGUUAAGCAUGAGGAAAAGCUAGAGAAUGCUGAAGAGAAGCAAGAGUCCAAGCAGGAGACGAAGACGGAGUCGAAACCCCCAGAGGGUGAGAAGAAGGAGAUUAUCAGAGGCCCCUGGCGCAUUCUACGUCUGCUGCCUCGAUACAGUCGCCACGUGAUACACCGGAUGCUGGAGCUCGACCCCAAACAGCGCGCCAAGAUGGAGGAGAUACUGGAGGACCCUUGGGUUGCCGACACGGUUAUCUGCCAGCAGCUGGAGCAUGGCGAGGUGCUCGCGGCCGACGACCACACGCACGUGCUUGAGCCACCCAACAACCCCGGCACCUAG